GCUGUCUGCAGCCUCUUUUCCCUAGCAAAGGAACCGACCCAGCCUCAAAGGAGAAAUUGGCAGCCAAGGAAGGAGACUGUUUCGAGUCCUGGUGGGAGCAGAAGAGAGUGAAGAUGGAAGAGCAAAGCUUUGUUGGACCUGAGGCAGGAAACAUCCAGGGAGGGAGCAGUGCAAAGCCCUGGGAAGGAAGAGUGCAGGAGGACCAGCCUGGGAGCAACACCGGCACAGACACGGAGCACCAGGGCUUUAGGGACUUCUGCUACGAGGAGGCCAUGGGGCCCCGAGAGGUUUGCAGCCGACUCCACCACCUUUGCCGCCAGUGGCUGAAGCCAGAAAGGAACACGAAAGCUCAGAUGCUGGAUCUGGUGGUCCUAGAGCAGUUCCUGGCUGUCCUGCCCCCGGAGAUGGAGAGCUGGGUCAGAGAGUGUGGAGCAGAGACCAGUUCCCAGGCAGUGGCCCUGGCAGAAGGUUUCCUCCUGAGCCAGGCAGAGGACCAAGAGCAGGUCCAGGGGAUGUUGGCCAGAGCACCCACAGAUUUCCCUGAGGCAGAGAAGGCUCCACCGGGAACCACACAGAGGCCGCUGGACAGGUGGCUCUUGCAGGAUGGUGACGGCGGACCCUCCUCACUGGGUAAGGAUUAG